CACCCAGCCAGCGAUCCCGCAAAUGUCGCAGCCCAUCUUCGCCAGCAACGCAGCACCGCCGGGCCAGAGCUGGCAGGCCUCGCUGCCGCACUGGCACGCCGUCAACGACACGCUGCGCGGCGGCUCGAGCUCGAGUGCCCUGCGCAUCCUCGACGACGGCGCCGCGCUCUUCUCGGGCUUCCUCGACACGACGACACUCGGCGGUGCCGGCUUUGCAUCGCAGGCUUACCAGCAGCCGCUGCCCGUGCCGCUCUCGGCCGCCAAGCACGCCGGGCUCUGUCUGACCGUGCGCCGCGCAGCACCGGCAGCUGGCGCAUCCAACUCGCCGCUGCCGAAUCAGCAGCAGCAGCAGCCAGGCGGCGGCCGGGCGCCCGUCUCGGCCUUUGUGCUGACGCUGCGCACCGAGGAGCCGGCGAUGCGGCCCGACGGGCGACGCGAGUCGGUCAUUGCGUACGAGUUCCGCUUCGAGCUGCCGGCGGAGGCGGACGCGCCGCUCGUGCUGCACGCGCCAUGGCAUGCCUUCGAGCCGCACUAUCGCGGUCGCCCAAAGCCCGACGCUCCGCCUCUGAGGCCGCAGGAUGUGAAGGCUUGCAGCUUCAUGGCACGCAGCGACUUUGGCAGCCAGUCGGGCGACUUUGCGCUGCGGCUGGUGGAGCUGGCAACUCUACCGCUCAAGGAGGAGAAGCCGGCGGCGAUGCAUGUCGCUGAGCAGGUGUCUUUGGUCUCGUCCGAAGCCAGCGCCAGCCAAGCGAGCCAUCGCAGUUCUGCCACCGGCGAGAAGGCCGCCUCGCUCUAUUCCUCCUCGCCGCCUCGCUCCGUCCUGCCGCUGCAGGACGCCGAGUCUGCCGCUCGGCUGCGCACCGAGGCAUGCGGCUUCACGCUCUACCUGCUCAUGACGCUGCUGGCACUGCUCUGGCUGCUGUGGGCGCUGCUGCCCGAUCGUGCUUUGCGCGCACUCGGAGUGGGCUGGUAUCCUGCACGGCACUGGGCCUUUCUCAUCCCUGCGUGGUCGGCCAUUGCAGUGCUCGCCACGUACGCCAUGUUCCUGGCGCGCAACCUCAGCAAGCAAGCAAGCAUCGAUGAUCUCUCCGUGCUCGUUGACUCGCACGCCAACAUCAUGCCUGCGUCCAGCCCAGCCUCGGACGAGAAGAACCCGUUGGACAUCGCCUCGCUGCGCGAGACGGGCGCAGAGAACCACGCCUUCAGCGGCGACCUCUAUGCGCUUCCGCCCGGCGUCGUGAGCGCGCACCGCUUCCACUUUGGCGAGCGCUGA